AACCAAACAUAAUAUUUGGUUUCUAACAAGUGACCAAAUUCCUUCAUUCCCAUAUGGCUCUUCUUUUAAUAGCUAUACCCAUCUCAAUUAUCGUGGUCUUUCUCACAUACAAUCUCUACUACCGGCUCAGGUACAAGAUCCCCCCAGGUCCACGUCCCAAGCCCAUCGUCGGAAACCUCUAUGACAUAAAACCAAUAAGGUUCAGGUGUUUCGCCGAGUGGGCCCAGUCAUAUGGGCCCAUCAUAUCAGUUUGGUUUGGGACGAGACUAAACGUCGUCGUCUCCAACUCGGAGCUUGCCAAAGAGGUUCUCAAAGAGCAUGACCACAAGCUCGCUGACCGCCACCGGACCAGAUCGUCGGCGAGGUUCAGCAGAGACGGCAAGGAUCUUAUAUGGGCCGACUAUGGGCCUCACUAUGUUAAGGUCAGAAAGGUUUGUACACUCGAGCUUUUCACACCCAAGAUGCUUGAGGCUCUUAGGCCAAUUAGGGAAGACGAAGUUAUGGCCAUGGUUGAAUCCAUAUUCAAGGACUCUGCUAAUUCUGAAAAUUAUGGGAAAAGUUUGCUCGUGAGGGAUUUUCUUGGGGCAGUGUCUUUCAACAAUAUAACAAGGCUGGUGUUUGGGAAACGGUUUAUGAACUCGGAGGGAGAGAUAGACGAGCAAGGGAAGGAGUUCAAAGGAAUAGUGUCAAACGGGAUAAAGUUAGGGGCGUCCCUGAAUAUGGCCGAACACAUCGAUUGGGUGCGUUGGAUGUUCCCAAUAGAGGAGGAUGCUUUUGCCAAACACGGUGCUAGGAGGGACAGACUCACCAAGAUGAUCAUGGAUGAGCACACUCAAGCUCGCCAAAAAAGUGGUUCUUCCAAACAGCAUUUUGUCGAUGCCUUGCUCACCUUGAAGGACAAGUAUGAUCUUAGUGAGGAUACCAUUAUUGGACUCCUCUGGGAUAUGAUAACUGCAGGAAUGGACACUACAUCAAUAUCAGUUGAAUGGGCCAUGGCUGAGGUAAUCAAGAACCCAAGAGUGCAACAAAAGGCCCAAGAGGAACUAGACCGGGUUAUCGGUGUGGAGCGGGUUAUGACCGAAAAUGACUUCUCAAACUUGCAUUACCUACAAUGUGUAGUUAAGGAAGCAAUGCGGUUGCACCCUCCAACACCACUCAUGCUUCCACACAAGGCUAAUGCCAACGUCAAAAUUGGUGGCUACGACAUUCCAAAGGGCUCAAUAGUCCAUGUUAAUGUUUGGGCCGUCGCUCGUGAUCCCGCUGUGUGGAAAGACCCGCUUGAAUUCCGACCCGAAAGAUUCCUUGAGGAGGAUGUUGACAUGAAGGGUCAUGAUUACAGGCUACUCCCAUUUGGGGCGGGGCGUCGGAUUUGCCCAGGAGCCCAACUUGGGAUCAAUUUGGUUACUUCUAUGCUGGGUCAUUUGUUGCACCAUUUCUGUUGGAGCCCAUCUGAUGGAAUGAAGCCAGAGGAUAUUGACUUGAGUGAAAGCCCAGGAAUGGUGACUUACAUGAAAAGUCCAUUGCAAGCAGUUGCUACUCCAAGGCUACCUUCCCACUUGUAUAAACGUGAGGCUGUGGAUGUGUAGUGUUUCACUUUUUUCACUAUGUUAUGUGGUUGUUACCGAUACUCUUUUAUAUUUUUGUUUCUGGUUUUGGCCUACAUGUUGAAGCAGUAUACUCAAAAGUGUCUCUUUUCUACUGCAAAUAGAAAGAAGAGAGAAUAAUGAAAAGCAUCAACACUUAAUCUGUCGGUAAAUUGAUUUAUAAAUUGACCGGAGAGCUUUAUUAUUUUUAUCAUUAUGAAAAAAAGUAUAUGGCCAUUGUCAAAACCAAACUACUCAUAUUUGUUUUAUAACCAAGUAAAUUUGCUUGUAAUAAACUGAAAAAUCUUGACAUUCUUA